UAUGCAGAAAUCUUGGGAAGCCGACCAGGCGCCUUGAGCGGAUGAGUAUUGGCACUAGAGGGCCCCCAACACCGCCGCGGUGCAGGGAAGUAGGGGGGCGGAGAUGCCGCUUUGCUGCGCAGAGGCCCCGCCUCCAUCAAGGCGAAGGCACUGCUCUGAUUGGCACAGAAGUUCCCCCGCCCCAACCUGUGAUAGGCCCCGCCCCCGACGAUGCAGUGCUCUUGCUCUCUUUUGCCGCAGCCGCGGGCUAACUUGACUCACCCAUGCGGAAGCCCGGCUCUGCUUUGCCGCAAUAACCCCCAUUCUUGCCUGAGGAAGACCCAGCCCCUUCUCUGCCAGGUCCGACCUCCUUUCCCACUCAAACCUUGCUUCUCCCCUCCAGCCCCAAGGGCUGGAAGGAGCUUACUGUAUUCAGUCAACCGCCAGGUGUUCAGCGCCCCCUCCUUCCCUGAGUUGUUCGGGGCGGGGGGUGGUGCCUGGCUCGAGAAGGCCUUGCACGCUGGGGGAGACCGGGGUCCACUCGGGUCACCUUGGCCUGCGGUGUACGAGCCUUUACUUCUGGAAGUAGGAGGCUUAUGACAGACGUGUGUGUAGGGAGAACAAACCGGUGGGCUCCAAUUCUCUGGCUCAACGUGCGGGUUCCAGGAUGGCCAGAUCCUUUUUGGCUGAAUUAAGACAUUAUUUACAACCCACAGUCUGCAGGGAUUGCAAACUCGUGGCCCUUAGGUUGAAUUUGGCCUAUAGAGAUGUUUAACUUUCUAGCACAAGGUUUAAAUAUUUUUCAUUUGAUUCCAGUUGGCGACAGUCCCUUUCCCUCCCUGUUGUGUGCCUCCCAUCCACUUCACUCAUUUUCAUGAACUGCCUGACCUCUGAGGAAUUUGAGUUUGCCAACCCCUUGCCAGCUACCAGCACCUGAUAUCCAUUUUUAGAUGCCCAAACCAGGUUCACCAUCUGGCUUGUGAAGAGGUUUAUUCCUCGUUCCCGGGUGCCAAGCCACACACCUGGUUUUCUGAGCUUGAUUUUCUGCUCAGAGACCAGUAUUCUCAUCUGCAGAGGUCACUUUAAAUGCAUUCCAGGCACAAGCCCAGAAGUGACAACGGAAGAUGCCAGCCCUGUGUCAGACCGAAUUCCUGACUGUGAGUGCCUGUGUGAGCACACACAGCUCAUGGGCUCCACCCUCAGGACAGGGACAGAGCCAUUUCCCCAGUGCCCAGUAUCUCCCAGGCAUCCAGCACUUGCCUCCAUUCAUUUCACUUGAAACUGUCCUCAAGGAUUCCUUAUUAGCCCCAAUUUAUGGAUGAGAGAAUGGAGGCCAGAGAGGCAGAGUUACCUGCCCUAGGUCACAUUGCUGGGAAGUGGCAAAGGCCACAUCCAGACCCGAGCCUGACUCCGAAGCCCAGUUCCUUUGGAAUUUUCCAAAAGGGACUUGCUCUGAGGAGAGACAAACAAAACCCACCAACAACAGGAAAAUGUGGAGGCAGCAGAGUGUAGAUAACAGAUGCUUGCGCAAUUUCAUGGAGACUGCAAGUGAGAUUGUGUGUGUGUGGGGGGGGUGUUGAGUGUGCACACUAACAUAUGGAUGCAGGUGUAUCUCUGUUCACACGUGUACAUGGAGGUUGCCCACACGUUGUGUGCAUUUAGUCAUUCGACAGUGUGUGUUGCUCACCUGCUCUGUUCUUAGAAGUAAGGGGCUGCAGGGAACAGCCCUGCAGGUCACUGCCCUGGCAGAACUCAUGUCCAUGGAUCAGCAAAUAUAUGGAUCAAGAUAAUUUUGGGUUUUAUGGAGAACAUAAAACAGAGCAGGGCUUCCCUGGUGGUGCAGUGGUUGAGAGUCCGCCUGCCGAUGCGGGGGAGGCGGGUUCGUGCCCCGGUCCUGGAGGAUCCCACGUGCCGCGGAGCGGCUGGGCCCGUGGGCCAUGGCCGCUGAGCCUGCGCGUCCAGAGCCUGUGCUCCACAACGGGAGAGGCCACGGCGGUGAGAGGCCCGCGUACCGCAAAAAAAAAAAAAAAAAAAAAAAAACCAGAGCAAUGUGAUAGAAUGUGACACAGUAAGGGUGGUGACCAGCAUUCAAUUGCGUGGUCAGGUCAAGCGUCUAAGGAGGCGAGGUAGAGCUGAAACCUGAAUGAAAAGGAAGUGGCCUGGGAAAUUUGGGGAGGGCGAGCAUCACAGCACAGGAAGAGCCCUGCUGCGUCUUUGUGGACACGGUGUGUGUGGUUGGCGAGGCCACGCCUGGCCAGGCCUCUGAGAUCUGUGGGUCCAGCCCCACCCCACCUGGUUCACACCUUCCUUUCCUUAGCCUGCUUCUUUCCUUCACCUGGACAUCUGCCUGCAACUCUGCCUGUUGAAAUCCUUCCCUCUUCUGAGCUUCCCCUAGUUCUCUAACCAGAACUGACUCCUCCUUGUCACCCCCAUCCUCUCAGCUGUGCACACGGAGACCCCCUCCUCACACAUGUCAGCAUUCCGUGGACCUUUGCCGGCUGGGUAACCUGAAACUGCCCUCUCUCCUGAUGAAGGGAUGGGGGCUGUCCCUGUGCCCCACCAUUCACCCAUCUCCCUCCCUGUCUUCCCACCCCCACCCUUAGUAAUGUGGCUCCACAGCCUUCUCUGGAACUUUAUUUUUGUUUUCUCCCUUCCCUAUUUAUAGCUCUCUCCCCUCCGAACCAUCCCUGCAUCCAUCCUGUUGCCUAGAAACCAGCUCUGGGCUGAGGGUGGGGGAAGGCCAGGCCGAGCCCAGGCAGGGGGAAGGAAGAGCUGUCACCCACUCCCCUUCUCGGUACUGCCCCCAGGUUCCCAGAAGCCCACCUGCCCUCUGCCCAGUACCCACAGGUGUUUUUUAAAGAUAAAACAAAAUGUGAAAAACAGCCUUUUUUGUGAAGUCCUUCAUGGCUUCUAAAGGGCAUGAUGCACAUGAUUGCACUCACGCCUCUCAACACCCUGCCCCACUGGAGGCCCAGGCCCAUCUUUUCAGAUGAGGAAACUAAGGCUUUGGAAAGCAAAGGUCCUGUGGGUCAAGACUUCUCAGUAGAAACUCCAUGGCUCUGCACUUGUUAGCCAUAGGACAUUGGCCUGAAACAUGGAAAAGAAGAUUUAAAAGCAUAAAUGAUUCCAUAAUCUGUUAGUUGUAGAAGGGUAAAGAGAAAAAUUUUGUCAUGAUCCUGCCACACACCAAGCCACUAGGCAGGCCCCCUACCUUGCCACUCCCCCAUGCCACUUCCAAUGCCCCAACCGUGGCCCCACCAUGGCCCUGCCGUGCCCAACUGCAGCUUAACUCCAGCCCUAAUGCUUACCUUCCACAGAUUGGACCAAGAAGCCUAAGUUUGGUUCCUGGCUCUGUCACUUCGACUGUGUGACCUUAGAUAGUUCACAUAAUCUCUUUGAGCUUCCGUUUCUUCAGCUCAAACGUAAGGAUGAUAAUUUCCACUCCUAAGGGUGCUAUUAGUCCACUCGAGGACUAAUAAGAGAAUUAAAUGCAAUACUGAUGAGAAAGUGCUUUGAAACUGUAGAAUACUGUAACAUGUGAGUGAUCAAUUAGAAUAGUAAAUAUUGUUAUUAUUGUCGUUAUUAGGGCCAAAAGGUGGGGCAGGGGAGCCAAAGUGGGCCCUGGGAUCAGAGAGGGAGCCCCUUGCCUGUGUCCAGGCAGAAGGGUCCACUUCCCUGGCAGAAUGAGGGGCGUGGUCGGGGGCUGCCUGAGAGCACCUGCAGACCACUGAGGAGUAGAGGAGGGCACAGAGACCCUCCUGCUCAAGUGCCCAUGCUCCCUGUCCCCAUCCCCGACUGCCCCGCUCCCUGUCCGCUACCCAAGGCCCAUCUCUGCCUUCAAAAUAGGCUUUCUGGGCAGAGUGGGGGAGAGGGCUGCCAAGGAGCAGCUGGGCCAUGAUUCAGCCUGAGUCACCCAUCCAAAUGCCAGGGUGGCCCCCAGCUGGGCCGGAGCCUACAGCUGCUGUGGGGAGGGGAUCUUUGUGGGCAGCAGGCUGUGCUCACAGGUGCCUGGACGAGGGGCUCUCAUGAAUAUCAGGGCAGUGCUGUGUGGGUCUGGGAGUGGUGCAUAUGAGGAGGUCAGGGUGAGGAAAAUGACUCCAUGGACAUCAGUUACCUGCACUGACGGAGGAGGCAGGGUUUGUGUGUGUGUGUUUGUGUACACACGCACACCUGUGCACGCAUGGCUGUUGCAUGUAUAUCUGACUAAAUGAAGAGGGGCUAAUAGUGUGGGCAGGAGUUUGGCUGCCAGCUUUGUCACUUUCUGUGUGACCCUGGCAAGUUUCUUAACCUCUAUGAACUUUUGUUGCCUUAUCUGUGAAAUGGGAAUAAUAAUAAUAGCAAUCUCAGGUGGUUUUUCUUAAGGGUUAAAUAUAAAGAGAUGACUGUAAAACACUUGGGCAGUCAGUAAAUGGUACACCACCACCACCACCACCACCAUCUAGGGGAUACUGGGUUAUGCCCUGCAUGCAUGAGGAUGGAUACAUAUCUGAGUGUUUGUAUCCAGGGCUGUGUCCAUACAAGCCUCAGGGGGUGAGGGGUCUGGGUGAGUGUUUCUUGAAGAAGCAGAUGAAUGUGUGUUGUGUGUGCACCUCUGAAGCAAAGAGAACUUUCCAGAAAGUUGGGUUUAUAUGGCAUUGCCUGCCAUGUGAUCCUGCCCACCCUCCCACCUCUUUCCUUCUCUCCCUCCCUCUCUCUCUCCCCUUCUCUCUCUCUCCUCUCUGUCUCUCUCUCUCUCUCUCACACACACACACACACACAUACACACACACACACCUUUCCUAGAAGCUAUGAUUUGCUGAAAUUUGGCCUAGACCAGGACCAGUGUCCACGCAAGGGGUGAGGAACUGUGAAUGCCACUGUACUGGAAAUCUCAGACCUUCUCAAAGGCCUUUAGUCUCAAGCAAAGCUGGAAUGGGGGCCAGAUCCCAAGGGUGAUGUGCCUGGAUUUGAAAGCGGAACCAUGUGUAGAUAUGAACAUGAGAUGUGCGUGUGUAUUUGCAUGUGUGUGGCGGUGGGGCUGGGGUGGCACUGGGGGGUGGCUGCUGUCUCUGCUCUGGUACAGUCUGCUUGUCUCCAUGGUGCCUGUUGCCACACACGCUUGCUUUUCAGAAAGUCACUGGGAUUGUUUAUUCCACCCCCAGCCUGGGCGCCAGCCAAGGAGCUGCAGGCAUUUGUUUAUCUUCUGGUGUGUAUGAGUGUAUAUGGCUUCACGGAGGCAGACCAACCAGAGAUAUGCACGCACACACACUCACACUGGUGCGGGCAAUCAUGUUGGUUGUCACAGUAUGAGCCUGAACCCGAUGAGCCACAGUCCGGGCCCAGGCAGACUCGCUCCACGUGGGGACAAAGAUGACCCUCAGCAGCUCCAGGCAGACACACCACCAAUUUAGCACCCCCUAAAGCUCCAAGGAAGUGGGAGAGCCAGUUGCCCUGGCUGUGGUCCUUUGCUCUACUUCUACCCCUGGAACUAAUCACUGCACAGUGAUUGGCCAGGCCUGGGUCACUGCCCAUCCCUAAAAAUGGCAGUGGGUCCAUCCCACUCCACCACAUGGACUGGAGUGAGGAUGCGGUUCCUCAAGGAAAAUGGAGGUCCUGUGGUCAGACAAGGGUACACAGUGCUGGGCUUGCCAUACCCUGGCAUCCACCACAAGUGUUACACUAUGCUUGGUCCCUGGGGAUUUUUUUCUCCCUGCAUCCUCCUCAGAGCUCCGAGAGCUAAGAAUUACAAAUGAUGAAGUUGAGGCCUAGAGAGACCUCAGUCAAGGCCACACAGCUAGCAACUGCCAAAGUCAGAAUGUGAACCCACGCUGCCUAACUCCAUGCCCUUUUUGAGCUCCUGCUCCGCCUUGGCAGGUGUUUUGUUUUGUUGUCUGAAAAUUUUCAUUUUUAAACAUGUUUUUUAUCAACAAGUCACCGUGGAACAAGAGUAGUUGGAGUGUGGCAAAGGGCACCAAUGGAAAAAGGCCCUGACUGUGCACAUGUAGCAGACAUGGCCAGAGCUUUGACUACAUCCCCUCAGAUGACCAUACUAUUUCUGUGCCCACCAGUAGGACUCCCAACAGCCAGUACCCGCAUCAUUAUCGAAGAGCUGUCCUCGGGCUAUGGAACCCACUUUGUCCACAUGCACUGUGGGCUAGAAGUGCUUGGGAAUUAACACACAGCCCCAUGGGCUGGCUCUUCACCAAUGUCUGCCAGAUGCUGGGAUAUAAAUACACCAGCUCCCUUGCCCUCAGCCAGGGGAAUUCUGAGAUGUGCAUUUACCCCAUUUCCCAAGACUUCCUGCAGGAUUAAGCCUCACUCACCCACUGUGGUAGCUGGCUUGAUAACCACCUCUUAUUGGAUGCCUUCCCUUCCUGGGUCACCUUCCCACUCCCCUGCUGGUGUCCCUGCACCUCCCAAAUAAACCAUAUUCCCUGAAUCUUCAUUUCAGGGUCUGUGAGCUGCCCCAGGGUGCUGGAUCCCAUCCUAUCCUUCCACACUGAGCAUCUGGGCCCAGCCAUUAUGAUCUCCUUUCUUGGCAUCUCCCUUUCCCUCUCUACUGUCCCCCUCCCAUCAGGACUUGAAUGCCUCCAAUGCCCCUGUAGAGAUUAUCAGAUCCCCUUUCUCCCUCCAAGCCCAAACUUGAGAGUCAUCUACUUGCCCUCUCCACCUCCUUGCUCCCAUUAACUCAUCAGUCCCUGCCCCACCCCACCCCAGUCUGGCUUCCACCCCCACCACUUCAGUAACCAUGCUUUCAUCAAAUUUCCAUUAUCUUUUUUUCAAGUCCAGAGGACAACUCUCAGGCUGUAUCUUGCCUUCCUGAUGCAGUUUACCCUGACCUCCUUCUGGAAUGUUCUCUCCCCUUGGCUUCUGAGACAUCACACUCUCCUGGGUUUCUUCUGGUUUCUCAGACCACUUUUUCUCAUUCUUCUUUUGCAGCCUCCUUUUCCCUUAAUGUUGAUGUUCCUCAGGAUGGGCCCUUGUCUCACCCUAUUUUGGCCUAUACUCUCCCCUCAUGUACCAACACACCUCUCCUGACCUCCAUCACCAGUUCCCUGGUCUGUCGCCAGGCCUUGCCACUUCAGAGCUCAGUUUUGGACUCGGAUGUCUCAGUGUGGCUGUUUCACAAGUCCCUUCUUUCCCCAGGGUUCAUCAGGUAUCUGUCCUCCAACCAUUUGGCUCCCCAAGGCAGAACCUCAGAGGGGCAGCAGAAUCCUCUCUCCACUCACACUCACAUCCACCCCAUGAUGUAGACGUGUUGACUUUACCCCUAAAUAGUUAUCAGAUCUGGCCCCUCCUCUCCAUCCCAAUGGUUCAGGCAUCAUUACCUCUCACCUGGGCAGCUACUACGGCCUCCUCACUCAUGCCCUGAUCCUGCUCCCAUCCGCACUUGCCCUGCCCCGGGGUGGGGGUGUGGGGGGCUUUUUAGAUCACAGCCACGUUCUUGCUACUUUUCAUGUCUUGUGAACCUGCCCAAGCCUCGAUGUCUUCAUCUGUAUCAUGGAGCCGAUGAUGUUUACCUUGAAAAGGGAAAGUAAAAUGAAACGAUGAGUGUAGAAUAGGGUUUGUAAACUGUGAAGCGAAGUGCCAUUGUGGCAAUGAAUGAGCAAUUUUCAGGGCCAGAGACGUGGGGAAGCCGCCCUUGCAUGAGUGUUGUCCGUGGUGCUGAAAAUUGGUUCUGUGCUCCCGUUAUUGGCUUCCCUGGGAUGCUGGCUGAAGACGUCAUCCGUUAGAUUUUUUUUUUUUUUCUUCAUUUGCCAUCUAGAUUAAAAAAAAAAAAAAGAAAAUUUUUUUAACGAUCACGGUGACUUAUGAUUCACCAGGUAAGUGAGAGGAAUAGAAAGUAAGGGUGAAGCUUGAAGUUUCAGGAGUUAGCUUCACUACUAACGCAGACAACUGAUUUAUCAUCAGUAUCUCAGUUUUCUUAUCUGAAAAACGGGGAUAUAAUACAUUAAUAUUAACUUAUAAGUGAUUGGAAAUUGAAAUUAGAUGAAACCGGAAAACAAAAUUAAGGUAACGUUAGUUGUUAGGUUAACUUGCGGGCUUUACCAUAAAAACACUGCCCCUAAAUAAGCAUUAUAUUAACGUUAGUUGUUACCAUUUUUAGUAGGUGGUUUCACAGUACAAGCGAGAGGGCUUUAUCACCUCUUGGCAAUUACAGACAUUUUUUCUUCUCUGGGAAGUCAAAGGGGAGGGGACAAUUUCUCUGCUGAGAAAAGUUAAGGCAGGGUGGGCAGCAAGUCCUCCUGUCCUUGGCAAUUCAGAUUCAGCUGGAAGGCCCUUAACACCUACUUCAGGCUCCUUCAUCCUUCCGAGACCACUUACUGUGAGGUGAUUAAUGUUAGUCCCACCUUACAGAUCGGGAAAUUGAGACUCGGAGAGGUGAAAUGAUUUGCUUGAGGGUACCCAGGAGGAGGAGAACCCGGCUUGCACAGACUAGAAGGUGGGCGGGCACCCCGGCUAGGGAGGCCGGUAGCGGGGAAAUCGAAGGCGCUCCCCCGACCACGCAGGUCCCUCCACUCCCGGGAGCGUGGGUGGAGGCGAGACAAAGGGGGCGGAGGCGGGGCGAGGUGAGGGGGAGAAGGCCGGAAGUACGGCCAAGGCGGAGGCGGGAAAUUCCGCGCAGGGGGAGCUCGGAGAUCGCGCAGACCUGGGUCCCGCUCCAGGGGCCGAGUAUCCGCGGACAAGCGGCUUCCCCUCUCUGGGCCCCAAUUUCCUCCUCGGUGAAACAAGCAGAGAGCGUUCACCGGGCUGGAUUGAGUGAGAUCUGACAGCGCGCCCCUCCCUCAACAGGGGCGCAGCAAAUAGGCAGCCUCUCCACCCCUUAGUCUCCUGUCUGUGAAAUGGGAACCAGGUCGAGGAGGGCGGGGAACCCAGGAGCCCAGCGGCCGUGGUGAGGGGCGGCAGGCGAGGGGCGCCCCUCCCUCCUUUGGGCCCCUGCUUCCCUGCGGGCACCGCCCCCUCCCGGGUUCUCAGGCCGCGAGUCGGCCAGUGCGCAUGCCCGGGGCGGGGCGCGGGGCUGGAGCGCGUAGCCGGCGCGGAGGACGGCGUAGCGGAGUCCGCGGGUCCGCCCGCCAGCCCUGCCGGAGGCAGCCGAGGCAGCUCGGGCGGUGGCGGUGGCGGUAGCGGUGGCGGUGACGGGAGUCGGAGCGCAGCGCGCCGGGGAGACGGAACGGCGGCACAGCCGGAACCAGACAGAAACCUGGGGCCCAAGCAUGGUCAUGAGGGCAGUUGGGCAGCGCUGAAGACCCAGCCUGGCUCCAGCUGCUUCGAAAGGACUCCAGCCCCCCAGGACCCCAGCCCACAGCCCUCUGCUGCCCACAGGAUGGGAGCCUGGGGGCUGGGAGCCCGGCCAUGAGGGACUGCUGCCCCUCCCAGCAAACGGCCAGCCCUGCACCCCCAAGGCACACCCCUGCCCAAAGCCCAGGCAUGGACACAGCAACCCCACUGGGGCUGGGGAAAGGGCAUCGUGCUCUGAGGGCCCUGGCAGGAGUUUGGCCUUCCCCUCCCUGACCUGCAUCCCUCCCCAAGAGGCAGCCGCCAAGGAGACAUUAGGGACACAUGGAGCCUUGAUCUCAGGGACACCAGAAACCACCUUCUCUGGGAAGCCAGAGCCUGUGUCCUCAGUGAAAACUGACCCUUCACCCUCAGAAAACAGAAAUCCUAUGUUAUUACAGAAGAUGGAUUCCAAGUCUUCAAAGCAGGCAGAUUCCAUUUCCAUAGGAAAAGAAGAUGCCGGGUCCUUGAGGAAGGCAGAUCCCAUGUUUACAGGAAAGACGGAGCCUGUGGCUUCUGGAAGGAUGGAUCCUGUGACCCCAGAAAAGGAGGAUCCUGGAUCAUUGGGAAAGGUAGAUCCUGAGUGCUCCAGCAAGGUGGAUACAAUGUCUGCAAGGAAGGAGUAUCCUGUAUCCUUGGGCAAAGGGGAUCCUGCAUUCCCAAAAAAGGAGGAGCCCAGGUAUUCAGGAAAAGACCUUCAAGUGUCCUCAGAAGAGGUGGGUCCUGCAUCUGCAGGAAAGACAGAUCUUGUAUCCUUGGGAAAGAGAGAUCCUGAGCUAUCUGAAAAGGUGGAUCCCAUGUCCUUGGAAAACACGGAUUCUGCAUCUGUAGGAAAGACAGAUCCCGGGUCCUUGGGUAUGCUGACUCCAGGGUCAUCAGGCAAAAUCAAGCCUGUAUCCCCUGGAACAGUGGCUCUGGGGUCAUCUGGAAGGGUGGAUCCUACUCACUUAGGGAUGACAGAGCCUGCAUCUAUGGUUAAUGCAGAAACCGUGUCCUCUACAAAAGAGGACCCUCAGUUCCUGGGAAAGAUGGAUCCUGCCUCCUCAGGAAAGCAAGAGUCCAUGUCUAUGAGAAUGACAAAAACCAUGUCUACUGGACAGGUGGAUCCCAUGUUUUCAGGAAAGAUGGAUCCUACAUCUUUGAAAAACAUGGACCCUGUGUCUUCAGGCAAGACGGGUCCAGUUUCUUUGGGAAAAGUGGAUCCUGUGUCCUCAGGAAAGCCAGAGCCCUUUUCUCCUGGACAGGCAGAACUGAUGUCUGUGGGAAAGACAGAAACUGCAUCCUCAAGAAAGGAGGACCCAGUGUCCUCCAGAAAGGGGGAUCCCAUUUCUGUGGGAAAUACAAAAACAUCAUCUUCUGGAAAAGUGAAUCCUGAAUCAUCAGGAAAGAUAGACCCUGUGUCCUCAGGCCCAGCGGGUCCCCCAUCCUCUGUAAAAACUGAGGCAGUGACUGGAGGAAAAGCAGAUCCACUAUCUUCAGAAACGUCAGGUCCUGUGGCCCCUGGAAAGGUGGGUCUCAUGGCCUCAGGGAAGGCUGAUCCCCCGACCUUGGGUAAAGUGGACCCUGUGUGCAAGGGAAAGGCAGAAACUGUUCCCCCUGGAGACAUGAACUCCGAGUCUGCAGGAAAGGUGGCCCCCACGACCCUAGGAAAAACAGUCCAGGCAUCCUCGGGAAAAGCAGAAGCUGUCCCAGAGGGAAAGGUGGAUCCUCUGCCUCUAGAGAAGGGCAAUCCUAUGAACUCCACGAAGGUGGAUCCCAGGGCUUCAGGGAAAGCAGAACCCAAGUCUGAGGGCAAAGCAGAAACGAGGCCCCCUGGGCAGGAGGGCACCGCCUCAUCAGGAAAAGCAGAGGCUAAAUCUUUGCAGGAGAAGCCGCUGACCUCGGAGAAGGGGGAUCCUGGAUCCUCUAUUGUCUCUGGGAAGUUGGAGCCUGUAGCCCUGGGGAAGACUGACUCUGCGCCUCAGGGAAAAGGGGAACCCCCAUCCUCGGGGAAGCAGGCCCACCUGACCCUGGAGAAGGCGGAGGCCUCCUCCUCCAGGCAGGCAGAUGACAAACCCUGCGGCUCCGCUUCUUACCCCGCGGAUAGCGGGGGUCGCGUGGAGCCAGCGCCACUGCCCAGCUCCGAGGCCUGCAGCCUUGGCCAGAAGGACCCGGCGGCCACUAGGGCCGAGAGAAACCCAGGCCUGGAGGCCGUAGCGCCGUCGCCGGGGCCGCGAACUCGCGACAACUUCACCAAGGCGCCGUCGUGGGAGGCGAGCGCCACGCCGCCACGCGAGGACGCGGGCACGCAGGCGGGCUCGCAGGCCUGUGUGUCGGUGGCCGUGAGCCCCAUGUCUCCGCAGGACGGCGGGGGCGGCUCGGCCUUCAGCUUCCAGGCGGCGCCGCGCGCACCCAGCCCCGCGCCCAGGCCGCCCUCUCGCCGGGACGCGGGCCUACAGGUGUCACUGGGCGCCGCUGAGACGCGCUCCGUGGCCACGGAGCCCAUGACGCCGCAGGCCGCCGCGCCGCCCGCCUUCCCCGAAGUGCGGGUGCGGCCGGGCUCCGCACUGGCAGCCGCCGUGGCGCCCCCAGAGGCCGCUGAGCCGGUGCGCGACGUGAGCUGGGACGAAAAGGGCAUGACGUGGGAGGUGUACGGCGCCGCCAUGGAGGUGGAGGUACUGGGCAUGGCCAUCCAGAAGCAUCUGGAGCGACAGAUCGAGGAGCACGGCCGCCAAGGGGCGCCCGCGCCGCCGCCCGCUGCGCGUCAGGGCCCGGGCCGUGCGGGCUCCGUGCGCACCGCGCCCCCAGAGGGCGCAGCGAAGCGCCCACCCGGCCUCUUCCGCGCGCUGCUGCAGAGUGUGCGCCGGCCGCGGUGCUGCUCACGGGCCGGACCCACGGCCGAGUGAUCUGCUCCCCUUUUGUACGCCCGGGUUUCCAACCUUCUCAGGCUCCCUUCUUGACCCCAGACCCCUAGAAGGGAUCCCCUCGACGCGUGACAGGCCUCCGAGGGGCGGGCAGCCUCUAGGGUCUUAUCUUGUCUUUCCAGCCCCCUCCCCUCCUAAACACACAAAUGAACGCCCUCUACCCGGCUCCCUCGUGGUCAUGAGCCCACGAACCCAGCCCUGACACCCCACUGUCCCCUCACAGCCCUCAGUUCCACCCCCUCCCGGUCACACUGGGCAACCUCUGGGGACCCGCUCAGCACCCACGCUCCCAGCCCUGAGAGCUGAGGCAGGCUCCUGAGAUGUCCAGACGGGUGCACUGUGGUCUCCAGCGGCGGCCAGGUCCCCAGAACGGGAGAGACUGUGUACAAAAACCCCAAGUGUGCGAGGAUUGACAUGUGAGACCCCCCGAUGUGCAAGGCCCCGGGUGUAUGCGAGUGCAUGUCCAUGCAGCGGGCUGGCCCCAUGGCCUGGGCAUCUCUUGCAUGCUGGUAGUUGUCCCCAGUUCCUGUCUCCCCCUCACCUGGCCCAAUCCCCAACCCUAUCCCCACCCCCACUGGACACUGGUCCACAAUUCGCAGACAGGCCAAAGGCAGCUGCAGGAGUGCCCUGGGGGCGCAGCUGAGUCACAGAAAGGGGAGAGGGCUCAGACAGGUCCGGGGAUCAGAGUCAGAGGCUCACAGACAGCCUGGGUGACAACUGGUCUUGGGUAUUGGGGGCAGGAUGGAGAGCUCAUUCUACAACCACAGUAGUCCCUGAAAGACCACCCUCUCCAGCCCUCGGUCCCCCAGUGCUGUGAGCCCCACAAAUCCCUUGUGACAACUCAGUUCCCGUGUCCCACCCCUCCAGCCGCGGUUUUUGGCUACAAACUGUCACAAUAUAUACAUUGGUAAUAAAAUACUCCCCCAACUCUU